CAAAAACUGCUAAUUUUUUAUGUUGAAGAAGAAACCGAUCAGCAAUCCAUCCUCCGUCUUCUUCCCUCUCCGAUCCCAUUCGCUCCGUUGACCUCCGCCGUUCGCCGCCCAUUCCCUUCUCGCCGGAGCCACCGGACUCUCCAUGGCGCUCCAAUCGAAUCUCCUCCCUGCAAUUGCCUUCCAUUUCAUCCUCCUCAUGCAUUCCACUUUCUCCGCCGAUCCCAUCGCCGCCAAUCUUCUCCUCACCCCUCCCCAUCGCGCCAUGGUCUUGCCUCUUUACCUCUCUUCCCCUAAUUCCUCCAGAUUGAUCUCCAAGCCUCGCCGCCAUCUCCGGGAAUCAAAUUCCUACAAUCUCUCCAACGCUCGCAUGCGGCUCUACGACGACCUCCUCCUCAAUGGGUAUUAUACGACGCGGCUAUGGAUCGGGACUCCGCCGCAGCAGUUCGCGCUCAUAGUUGAUACCGGGAGUUCGGUUACCUAUGUUCCGUGCGCAAAUUGCGAACAAUGUGGGAGGCACCAGGACCCGAAGUUUGAUCCAGAUUUGUCAAGCACGUUCCGACCUGUCAAAUGCAAUCUUGAUUGCAGUUGUGACGAUGAUGGACUGCUGUGUGUCUACGAGAGGCAGUAUGCUGAAAUGAGCACUAGCAGUGGUAUCCUUGGUGAAGAUAUUAUAUCCUUUGGCAAUCAGAGUGAACUCGUACCCCAGCGUGCUACGUUUGGUUGUGAGACUGUGGAAACUGGUGAUCUUUAUAGUCAACGUGCUGAUGGAAUUAUGGGUUUGGGCAGUGGUGAACUUAGUAUAGUCGAUCAACUCGUUGAAAAAGGUGUGAUUAAUGAUACUUUCUCAUUAUGCUAUGGUGGUAUGGAUAUUGGUGGUGGUGCUAUGGUUCUUGGUGGUAUCUCUACUCCAUCAGAUAUGGCUUUUAGCUUCUCAGACCGUAUGAGAAGUCCAUAUUACAAUGUUGAUUUGAAGGAGAUACGUGUUGCGGGUAAAAAAUUGCUUCUGAAUCCAAGUGUUUUUGAUGGAAAAUUUGGAACUGUCUUGGAUAGUGGUACAACUUAUGCUUACCUACCACAGCCAGCGUUUGGAGCUUUUAAGGAUGCUAUUAUGGACGAGGUUCAUUCUUUGAAGAAGAUUGGUGGUCCUGACCCAAAUUUUAACGAUAUAUGUUUUUCUGGCGCUGGAAGUGAUGUUGCUGAAUUGUCGAAGACAUUCCCGGCAGUUGACAUGGUAUUCGAAAAUGGGCAAAAGUUGUCUCUAGCACCAGAAAAUUACUUGUUUCGGCACUCAAAGGUACAUGGUGCAUAUUGUCUGGGCAUUUUUGAGAACGGAAAUGAUCAAACUACUCUUCUAGGAGGAAUUAUUGUCCGCAACACUCUAGUGAUGUAUGACAGAGAGAAUUCAAAAAUUGGAUUUUGGAAAACAAACUGUUCUGAGUUAUGGGAAAGACUUCACAUUUCUAAUGAUACUGCCCAUGCUCCCUCUGUUUCAAAUACAUCACAUGAUACUGAAAUGGCACCGGCAUCUGCUCCGAGCGAGGCACCGGCAUCUGCUCCGAGCGAGGCGCCGGCCUCUGCUCCGAGCGAGGCGCCGGCCUCUGCUCCGAGCGAGGCGCCGGCCACUGCUCCAAGCGAGGCACCGGCAUCUGCUCCAAGCGAGGCACCACAUUACAUGAUUCCAGGAGAGCUCCAGGUUGGACGUAUCACAUUUGAAAUCCUGUUGAACAUAAGCUACGAAGAUCUGGAGCCUCAUAUUACAGAACUUUCUGACCUUAUUGCUCAAGAGUUAAAUGUUAGUUAUUCACAGGUUCGUUUAUUGAAUUUUACCAUGCAAGGAAACGAUUCACUUAUUCAGCUGGCCAUAAUCCCUGGUGGAUCUUCAGAAUUUUUCUCACAUGCGACUGCCACUACGAUAAUUGCCCAGAUUGUGGAGCAUCACAUGCAACUACCUCCAACAUUUGGAAGUUAUCAGGUCGUUCAAUGGAAUGUCGAGCCUCUAAUAAAAAGGUCAUUGUGGAAGCAACUUUAUGUUAUGGUGAUUGUAGCUGUUAUUGUCACGCUUCUUCUUGGGUUGUCAGCAUUGGGAGUGUGGCUUAUUUGGAGAAGGAGACACCAAUCCUUCAAUUCUUAUAAGCCUGUCAAUGCAGCAGCUCCUGAGCAAGAACUCCAGCCCCUGUAAACAAGCUUAACCAACAUAUUUUUGCUUUCUGCUCCCUCUUUUCAUCUUCUUCCUUCCUUUCUUUCUUUCCUGGUCAAAUUUUCAGUGGGAUAUACAGGAAGAUUCAUUAUUUUUCAGGUUUUUUUUAUUCAUUUAUGCUGAAAUGUUAUUACAUUAUUUAAAAAAAAAAAAAAAAACUUGGGUGUAAUGUUUUUAAUUUUGUGGUGGCAGUGGUUCAAGGAAUAUGUAUAUAGGACACCCAAUUCUUGGAGUUGUCCUUAUUUAGAAUCUUAUAUAAGAUUGAGAAUUAAUUUUAA